UUGUUCUAGUGCAUCUUCGAAACUUAUGUUUAUGUUAGCAUCACAAGUUAGCGCUGUCAUUGCCACACAGCGAUAGCAGUUGACAAAUAUACACUGACAACAAGGUGGUAUCCGAUCUUAUGGAGUCAGAAAGUACGAGUGUGGUACAGUCAUUGGGUCCUGAGGGUGAAACAGCCUCUUUGUCCUUGUCAACAGAAACUGAAAAGGAAAACACAGGCCAUGAAGAGAAAAACAAUAAAGAAACUACACAGAAGGCUGGUCAGGUGCAGCAAUUGUGCCGUUUCUACUGUCAGGGCAGACGAUGCUAUUACGGGAAGAAGUGCCGCUUUCUUCACCAGAGAGCUGCAGCCACAAAUGCACAGAAAGAGAUAGAGAACAGCUCCGAUCCAAAAACGGAACCCAAAGAAAAGGAAGAAAAUGCGGUUGGCCACCCACCAGAACCUCAGCAGCAGUCAAGUGAAAGUGGCCACGCUGGUAAAGAAGAGAAUCCACCCCCAUCCAGCCACAAACCUGCUCCUGUGAAGCAAGAGAGAUCUAGAAGACCCUGCCGCUACUUCCUUUCGGGGUUCUGUGCUAUGGAGAACCGCUGUCGCUUCUGGCACCCCCAGCAAUUACCACCUUUGGAGGACCAGCCUCAUGGCCCGAGAGAGAGGAGCAGCUUUAGGCCCUUUGCUCCGGCCACACGUCCUCCUAAAACUCAAGAGCAGGCCAAGCUGGCUGAUCUUACUGAAGAAGUCUGCAAGCAGCUAAGAGCCACAGAAAUCGCUCAAUUGAUGAAAAGAUUCCCCAAAGACAAGCUCAUAGUCCAGGAGAGAGAAGACGGCCAGUUAACCUACUACAGAGUCACAGUGCAGUCCACUGACCCCGACUGGCCUUUUGACCUAAAUGAAAUUGACCUCAUGGUCAGCUUUCCUGAGAAAUAUCCUCAAGAGGUAUUCACUGUGGAUGUCCCAGAGGACCAGGACUUACCAUCACUCAUGGGGAGACAUGUUCAGAAAGUCUCAGAAGAAUGGUUAAAGGCCAAACAUGCCACUAAUCAGCUGAUGGGCAGAGUUGAGUUGCUGUUCAGGCCAUACUUGCGUUGGCUGGACCGUAGCAUGGAGAAACUUUUCACUGAUGGAGCCAGACAGUUGAAAAAAGACAUUGACCUAGAGAGGGCUGGAAUACAGUUCGUCCCCUAUGAGCAACUCAAGGUCACAGUUUUUAAGAGCUCAGCCAAAAAAUCUGACACUCAUGAGCGUAUAGUGUCACUCACUGUGGCUUCAGGGGAAGAUGUGGAGGAGGAGGAGGAAGAAGAAGAGCAUGAUGAUGCUGGAGAAGAGGAGGAGGAGGAGGAGGAGGCUGCUGCUGCUCUCGGUAGUGAUGGAGAGGAAGGUGACCAUCAGGUAGAGAACAUUAAAACCAGAGAUCGACGGAGAGGCACUGAGAUCAAACUAAUGGGGCUCAGACUGGGAGAACAAACAGCUACUGUACUGGCCAGAGAGAUCGCAGUGUCCCUUCAGUGCAGCAGGUGUAAAGUGAGUGCUGAUUUGACCCUGAAUGGGCGUGUGACCUGCACAGCUCAUUGCGAUAAAUGUGGAGCAGGGGUCAGGGCUGCUUUCAGGCCCAGUAUGCUGCACCACUACAGUGAUGUUUUGGGCUAUCUGGACCUUAACGCAGCUGUGCCUGUAGACCUGGUACUGCAGGACUCUGAGUUCAGUGUUGGUUGCCUUAACUGCAACAAGGAGGACACAAUUCAGAAUCUGACCUAUGGGCAAAACAAGGAACAUAGCUGCCAAAAUUGUCACACCAAACUCAGCAUUUUUGUGGAGUCUACACGCUUUCAGUACAUUCAGCCAGUGUCCAGAAAUCAGACAGGAGGAGCUGCUCAAUACACUAGACGAUAUAGAGACCCCAUGGUUCAGCAGGGGAAACCUCUACCCGAGAAAGGUGCCUGCCAGCAUUACAAACAAAGUCACCGGUGGCUUAGAUUCCCUUGCUGUGGUCGGGCUUACCCAUGCAAUGAGUGCCAUGAUGAGGAUCAGGACCAUUUAAUGGAGCUGGCCACCAGAAUGAUCUGUGGUUAUUGUGCCAAAGAGCAGCCAUACAGCAGUGCUAAGCCAUGUGUAGGCUGUGGGAGUAUGAUGACCAGAGCGACACACACAAGCCACUGGGAGGGUGGACAGGGCUGUCGGAACAAGGUUAAGAUGAGCAGGAAUGACCGACACAAAUACACCAACACUUCUAAAACCGUCCCAAAGAAAAGAACUAAAGAGAAUAAGUAAACAAAGACAAAGAAGACAUAUGAUUUUAUUUUCAGAUGAUUCAUUAAACAGUUCUCAAAUCAUCUUUAAAUACUCUGAGAUUUUCUUUCAAAUGAUCUCACAAAAUUGUUUUUUUUUACUUAUAUAUAUUUGACAGAUUAUGUGGGGUUAACUAGUUAAACUGUAACUGAUAUUUGUACAUCAUCUAAAUCAAAUUAAUUUUGCUUGCUAGUAGAAAUAAAUGUACUUAUGUAAGCAUACUGACACUCACACUUAAAUAGCUAAAGAGUACCUGAAAUUAUGCUAAUGAAAAGACUGCAAUCAUUCUGAGGUGAGAUUUUAGUGAACAUUUGUCACUGGAAAACCUCCCCUCCAAAAAAGUUAUUUUUCAAAAUGCAACCACAAAUCUUAUUAUGUAUACUUUUAUCCAAAAUGUAAUAGUGCAUUAAGCAAAAAAAAAAUUAAAAUUCUAUAAUUGCAAUUGAAAUA